AUGACUGCUGAGGAGUCGAAAUCGACAUAUUCCGGCACGUCGGAAUAUCGAAGCCAUGCGCCCUCUAGCAUCUCAGAGGACAUUUAUCCCUUGCAUACUCUUGACGACACUAAAACGUUCCGUUAUUUCGUGAAUUGGACAAUGUGCUUUAACGAUGUUCUUGACCCCGAAAAAUUACACCAUUCUUUGUCGAGACUACUCAACAUUGGGGAUUGGAGAAAACUUGGGGGCCGGCUAAGGGUCAAGGAGAAUGGAAAGCUCGAGGUCUAUGUCCCACGUCCGUUCACAGCUGAGCAGCAAGCCGUGGCAUUCACUCAUGCUGCUUUCAGUAUGAAAAUUGAGGAGCACCCGGUGGCUUGUCGUUUAUCUAAGCCGACGGAUCGCCCGUCUAUUCAACAUGUUUCUCAGGACUUCCGGCCCUUCAUGGCACGGCAGGACUUUCCGGUUACGAUUGAAGAAAUGAUACGGCAAGAUGUACCUCAAAUAUCAUUGCACAUUACUUCGUUCAGUGAUGCAACGCUUGUUGCUCUGACAUGGCCUCACACAAUGAUGGACGCUUUAGGCCAACAGGCUUUAUUACAUAGUUGGUCGUUGGUGCUAGCUGGCGAGGAAGGAAAGGUCCCACCAUUUCUCGGCGCGCGAAAGGACAUUCUUUGGGAGGCACAAAGUUCAACCAACUAUAGAGAUCAGGGAGAGUUUGUGCUCGAACGGAAACGUCUGACGGGGAUGAGUAAGGUCAUGUUCAUAUUCCGAUUUUUGUGGGACAAAUUCUGGAACCCUCCCAGGGAAUAUCGGUUGAUAUUUCUUCCCAGAAAUGCUUUUGAACGACUGCAAAGGCGGAUCCGAGAGGAAGUCGCUGACGCCGCUCAAAGCGGUGCCCAAAUUCCUUUUGUCAGCGAAGGUGACAUUCUCACAGCAUUUGUCACUCGCGCGGUGGCAUCAUCUGAGCCACAUCCACGUCCGAUAACUAUAGCGAUCAUCUCGAACGCCCGGUUCCGGCUUCCACUACUGAUUGAAUCAGGAGGCGUAUACGUCCAGAAUAUGUUACUUCUGGCAUUCGCAUUCAUAUCCUCUCAGCUCGCUAGAGGGCCUGCUGGACCGAUUGCUCUCAGCCAUCGACGUCAUCUCGCUGAACAGAUUACCGAGGAACAGACCCUUAAUUUAUUGAAGACCAUGCGCCGAGAUAUAGAGUCUCAUGGAAAACCGAGACUCGAAUUUGGAGAGUCAAAUGCUUGCAUGAUUGUAUUCAAUAACUUGACCAAGGCCGAAAUAAUCAAAGCUGCCAAUUUUAGCCCAACAGUCUUACGCCAAGGCGAGGCAGGAAAUUCGAGGACCAAUCCUCCAGGGACUAUGAAAGCAUUCUUUGUCCGAGACAUCAAUAUGCCUGUGCUUGUGAUGAACUUUUUCUCUGUGCUUGGUAAAGACUAUGGUGGGAACUAUUGGCUCAGUGGGAGUCUCCUUCCACGGGCAUGGGCAAAGAUGGAGGAGGAAUUGAGGAACAUAUGA